GGGAGAAUGUGCGGCUCGGCAUGCAGCUCACCUCGGACACCCCCCGGGCGGCUGCGCUUCCUGCGAUGCAUGUAUGUGGUGGGAUUCAUGGAUCCCCAUCCUGCUAUGGACCCGCGGGAAUGACAGCCUACAUUUGGAAGCUGUAAAGAUGCCCAAUAAAGUCUGACAAUUAACCCAGAUGAUUGUUGACCUUGAAACGCUGAAGAACGAAGGAGUCGCUGGUUAAACAGCGGUGUUUCUCGUCCGGCGUGGUGCGUGGACAGGGUUCCGUUUCUCUCCCAGUAACUGAAGAGUUAGUGUAAUGGGAAGUGCCGUGAUACCGCUGAAAUUCCUGACAUGACUGGAAUCAAGGAAAUGAGCUGCUUGGUUAAAGAGACAUCUCCUACCUCCGUACUCUGGGUUUGCUCUCACCUUCUCUGACCAGUGACUGGGCACUACAACCCAAACACGCACAUACGCUUUCCCAACUAGAUCGAGCUCUGAAUUUCAUUUAUAUACAGUACUGUGCAAAAGUCUUAGGCAGGCAAAGAAAAUGGUGUUUAGAUUAUCCACGUGAUAGUGUAAAACUAUGAUAUUAUCCCUGUCUAAGUGUGUCAGCUUAGCCAUUUCAGAACCUCUGCUAACAUCAUCCUAGUAUUUGCAGCGACUGUCCAGUGCAGUCAUGUAUUUUUUGACUUGGCCACUAGCACACCUCAUACAGCUAGUCAAUCUCUCACUGGAUUUUUAAAGCAAUACAUUUAAUUGUUUAAAUGAGCUGUUGGUGAAAUUUAACAAAAUCAUGGAACGGCUGAGGUGCCCCUGAGGAGAAGUUUGGGAACUGAAGCGGUGUUCAUCCAGCCAUACGACUAGAUAUCAGUGACUUUUUAGAACACAAAAGAAAUUAUUACUAGUUUUUAUUGUGUUACUCUUAAUUUGCACAUGUUCUAAUGUUAAAUUGUGUUUUUUGUUCUAAGCCAAAGUACACUUGCUACCCAGAUAAACAGCUUUAAACAUUUCUUUGGACUGCCUAAGACCUUUGCACAGCACUGUAGUUGCACAUCAGAUUGACUUAUCAGUGCGACAGCUCCGGUUAUUACACUUUACUUCACUAUACAGCUGGAUUCAUCUAUAUAUUCAUACAACUAUAUAGCACAACUGCAGAGUUCCAUCGGGCUCUUAAACCCUUAAAAGGUCCUUAACAUGCCCAGUAAUAAAACUAUGGCUUCUACACCACUGAUCAGCAUGUACCAUUAUGUAGUGAGUGUUGUGUAAAUAUUCCUGCAGGUCAUACUGCAUGCUGACGCACGAAGUGUUUGUGCACUGUACAUGUAUAAGCUCCAUAGCUAAGUCUUCUCCUUAACCCUCCACCCCCUGUUCCAGGACCUGUUUGGAGUCAGUAUGGUUAUACCUCUGCUGAGUCAUCACAUCAAGUCCCUCGGAGCCACUCCGACGAUGGCUGGAAUAGUGGGUGCAACCUACGGCAUUUUACAGCUAUUUUCAAGCACAAUAAUAGGCAGCUGGAGUGACGGCGUGGGACGGCGGUGCUCCCUCCUCACCUGUCUCCUGCUGAGUGCUUUGGGGUACGCUCUGCUGGGCCUCUCCACCAGCCUCGCCCUCUUUGUGCUUGCCAGGGUACCUGUGGGGCUAUUCAAGCACUCGCUCUCGAUCUGCCGGGCCCUUCUGUCUGAUCUGGUGUCGGAAACAGAGCGCCCCCUGGUGAUGGGGCACUUCAACGCGGCAUCCAGCGUGGGUUUUAUCCUGGGCCCCGUGGUUGGCGGGUAUCUCGCCGAACGGGAAGGUGGCUUCUACACGUCCUCCUUUGCCUGCGCCACCAUCUUUGUCCUCAAUGCAGGCCUGGUCUGGAUCCUACCCUGGAACGAGACUCCGGGUUUCACUGACAGCCAGGCCGUCCGGGGGGACAGGCCAAAGCAGGCCGUGAUGAACUGCUCAGACGGGGAGGGGCCGCAGGCUUCAGUCCUGCAGCGUGUGAGGGCCGUGGCGUCCUCGGACAUGUGGGACGUCUUCCUGGUGCGCUUCCUCAUGGCCGUGGCCAUUAUGUUGUACUACAGCAACUUCUCACUGGCCCUGGAGGAGCGGUUCGCACUGCGCCCCCAAGUAGCCGGGUACCUCAUCAGCUACAGCAGCAUGCUGGGGGCCCUGGCUGGCUGCCUGGUGGGGCCCGUCACUCGUCUCUACCGCAACGACAUGGCCGCCCUGCUGCUGCACUCCACGGUGUUGACGUGCGCCCUCAUCUUCCUGUACGCCACCGCACCCAGCGUCUGGCAUGUGGUACUGAGCUCCACCUUCUUCGCCAUCUCCACCACCAUCGGUCGCACCUGUGUCACUGACCUGGAGCUAUGCCGCGGAAGCCCUGGCUCCAGUGGGACAUUGCUGGGGGCCGGCCAGUCCGUCACAGCUGUCGGCCGCGUGGUGGCGCCCCUGCUUUCUGGGCUGGCCCAGGAAGUGAGUCCCUGCGGGCCGCCCAGCCUAGGUAUCUUCCUCGCCCUUGCUGCUGUCUUGCUUCUCCUCAUCCGGACACCAGAGUGGAAGAGGGGAGACAAAGCCAAGCACCUCUGAGGGCCCGGGUUUUUGCUCUUGGGCUGUGAUGCUCACGUUCUGGAGCAGCUCGUAUGCCGUGGGCUCUGUUACUCUAUUGGUCAGCGAGUUGUCAGUAAUCACCAGCGACAUUGGUCUCGUCUUCCCAACCAAUAGCAGGUGACGGCACAAUUUGAGCUGUUCACUCACUAAAUCACGUUUUAUCUAAGAAGCCUUUUCCAUUUAGAGUUGGUCCUUCAGCGGUAACAGGUCACAGCACAGCGUGUUUUCAUCUCUACGUCCCAUAAUGCACAGUUUUUGCUUUUAGUUCCAUUGAAAUACAUUUUUUUUCUGCUACAUUGAUGGUAUCAGGAGAUUAUGCUGGAUUUACAACACAGGCUAUACAUGUUAAUUAUUAUAACUAAUAUUCUGAUGUUAUUUGUUUUGGUUAUUUAUUUUUUUUACCUAUAAGCAUUUAUUUAUCUGCAUUUCUGAGCUUAAUAGGAUCUGAAGGUCAAAAAAUGGGUGAUGAUCAGACGUAUGUUUGGAGCAAAGAGUCACGGGACCAUUGGACUUAAGAAAAAAAGGUUUAGAAAAAUGUCUCUCUUUUUUUUGAAUGUUUUUCACCUCAGAGACUCUGACAUAAAUAUGAAUGUUAAACUCUGCACAGCAAUAAGAUUCUCAGUAAAUCUCUCAGAAGAAAUAUUUUAGAUGUAUAAACAUCAUAAUGGUGGAAUACCACGGUCAGUGUACCAUGCAGUGAGCUGAAGCAGAUGACAUAAGUCAGUUCAUUAGUUUGUAGCUGGAUGAUAUUGUCAUGAAAAUGUCACUUAACAGGACUUCCCUGUUCUUCAGGUAGACCAAGUUCUAGAUGAAAAGAAAGUCCUGCUGGAAUAAAGACAAACAGAUUUUUACAAAA